AUGUUCCCCGGAUCAGGACGCCAUUCGUACAACAACCAAGGCCCACCCCAAGGCCCUCCACCUGGCAACUACGGCCCUCCACAGGGACCUCCACCAGGCAGCUACGGAGGCAAUUACGGCCCUCCACAGGGACCACCCCCAGGCAACUAUGGCGGCAACUACGGUGGCAACUAUGGACCUCCGCAGGGCCCUCCUCCUGGCAACUACGGGGCUCCCCAAGGACACUCUGGCGGUGCUCCUCAGCACUACAGCAACACUCCGCACCAGGACUACAACCGUCCCAUGGCGCCUCCCCCCAACGCCCCUCAGUCGUUUGGCCAAAACACCAACAUGACCUUCCAGUACUCCAACUGUCAGGGUAAGAAGAAGGCGCUUUUGGUGGGUAUCAACUACUUCGGCAGCAAGAACGAGUUGAGAGGGUGCAUCAACGACGUCAAGAACAUGAGCAACUUCUUGGUCAACCACUGGGGCUACAAGUGGGACGACAUUGUGAUUCUCACUGAUGACCUGCGUGAGCGCGCCAGAAUCCCCACCAAGGACAACAUGAUCCGUGCUAUGCAGUGGUUGGUCAAGGACGCGCGUCCCAACGACUCGUUGGUGUUCCACUACUCGGGACACGGAGGCCAGACCGAGGACUUGGAUGGCGACGAGGAGAGCGGGUUCGACGACGUGGUGUACCCGCUCGACUUCGAGCAGGUGGGCCACAUCGUGGACGACGACAUGCACGCCAUUAUGGUGCGGCCAUUGCCUCCUGGGUGUCGUUUGACGGCCUUGUACGACUCGUGCCACUCGGGAACCGCUUUGGACUUGCCGUACGUGUACUCCACCAAGGGUGUGGUCAAGGAGCCCAACUUGUUGAAGGACACCGGGAUGGGUGCGUUGAGUGCAUUCAUGUCGUAUGAGUCGGGUAACAUCGGCGGCGCGCUCAAGUCGCUCUCGGGAAUUGUGAAAAAUGUGCUGAGAAGCGGCAGCUCCAACAGGGAACAGGUCAAGGCGGUCAAGGCUUCUCCUGCAGACGUCAUCUCGUUCAGUGGAUGCAAGGACGACCAGACCAGUGCCGAUGCCCAGGAGGCGGGCCAGGCCACGGGAGCCAUGAGCUGGGCGUUCAUCAAGGUGUUGAACGAGAUGCCCAACCAGACCUACUUGUCGUUGUUGAACAACAUGAGGACACUUUUGGCCCAGAAGUACUCGCAGAAGCCCCAGUUGAGUGCGUCGCACCCGCAGGACAUGAACAUCCAGUUUGUGAUGUGA